AUGGCAGAGCCGUUCAAGAUUCAUUCGCUCAAGAAGAUCAUGGAAGAAACCUUCAGGCCUAAAAAGAACGAGUCCCCCGAGAAACAGUCAAAGACCAAGAAGCCCGCUGCAGUCGCUAAAAACGCCGCCUUCCCCGACAGCGGCAGCGAUUCUGAGUCCUCCUCUAACAGCGAAUCGGAUAGCGAUAUCGACCUCGCACAGCUCGCCAAAAUGACAGCGCCGUCCAAGACUCAGUUGCCGAAGAAGACCGUGGGAGAGGUCGUAAAGCCGAUGAAAAACAAGUCUCCCGAGAAAAAGUCAAAGAUUGAGAAGCCCACACCAGCUAAAAAAGUGGCAUUUGCCGACAAGAACAGCGAUUCUGAGUCGUCCUCUACCAGCAGCGACUCAGAUAGCGACGACUCCGAACAUGGCCUUAUCAACCUUCACCUCAACGUCAAGCCACGACAACUCGCCUCGAACCCCCGCCGUACAAAGGAUGAGAUUCCAGAUAGUGACGACGAUUCAACCCUUCCCAAGAAGAGUUCGAUGACAGCGAAAGAGUCUGCUACAAUCAGCAAGACUAAGGCCUCCUCUCUCCCGAGCGAUGUCUCCAGUGAGGCGUCUUCACAGGACAGUGACGAGGACGGCGGUUCCAGUGGGAAGCCCAAGGCGACUUCGUCCGAAGAAGAAUCUAGCGAAGAAGACUCGGAGAGCGAGAAGAGCGAGAAGAGCGAAGAGUCUGAGGACGACUCUAGCGAAGACUCAAAGACCGAGUCCAGCGAACAGUCAGAGGUUGGCCAAGAGGCACUGUCCCGAACCUCGCGUCCGCCUUUUGAAGUCAACAAGAUCAGUGCGAAAAGCGCCAGUCGUGACAUUGCUCGCGCUUGCAACGAGGCCGAGCUGCAGGGCAAAGAAAUAUGGUGCUUUGCUCUACCCGCCAACACUCCUGUGAGUGUCUUGGAGGUAACCGAAUUCCCCGUGAAUACAUCAGGCCUAAACGACCGUGUUUUACCUUGCAAUGGUGAUCCCAAGUAUGGCAUUUCUUUUCAUGCCGCGCCUCAAGGAAUAAGCGUCAAGAUCAUGAUACCUUCCACUACCGCUUCCGCAAAAGAGCCAUAUGGCGGAACUGCGAAGGAAGUUGUUCGCUACCAACGUACAAUUGAAGUUACACCAACCAUUGAUACGUCAAAGGUUGCCGAAAUUAUCCGCGCAAAACCCCUGAAGAAGGCUGUUUCGGUUACCCGCAAAGAGUCUCCGGUGAAGGAAAGCCCGGCCACUAAACCCCCUCCCAAAGCCUCGCAGGAGAAGGAAAAGAAAGUCAUAGAUAAUCUCGAACCCAAGAAGGCCAUCAAAAGUGUCAAGGGCAAGAGAAAGCUCAGCCACUUGGAGGAUGGGGAAGCUGCGGCGGCCAACUCUGCUGCCAAGCAGCUGAACGAGGAAGCCGCCUCUACACUCACCUCAGCAAAGAAACAAAAGACAGGAAGCCACGCCAGUCCUGCUACGGCAUCCCAACGUCUGGUCCCUGCCACGCCUGCUACACCAACGCCUGCCAAGACCAAUUCUGGUAAAUCCUCAAUCAAUCCAGCAACACCCAUUCACACCUCUCAAUCUGCUGGUAAGGGGGUGGCAGAGACGCCAGUUCCUUUGCCAGUGAUUCCCGCCCUCCCGAAAACUUCAGCUGCCUUAGCCGGUGCGGAUUCGGAAGUGACGGCCUCUCCGUCCGUGAAGGGAUUGAUCAAGGUGAAGGCGUCGCCGAAAGUGAAGGCAUCGCCGAAAGUGAAGACUGUGCGUACCAAGAAGGACUAG